AUGAAGUUCAUUGAUAUUAUAUUCGUACUAACCGCAGCAGCAACCGCUAAUGCAGUACUGGUUUCAGAUAACGGCAAUGGUUCAGUCCAGGCAUCAAGCACUUCUAGUCAAGUGUCUAGCCCAACCAACGAGCCUGGUCCAAGUACUCCCAAACGAGGUCACAAACGUCCAACCAAUGAGUCUGGUUCAAGUGCUUCCAAACGAGGUCGGGAACAAUCAAUUGAUGUAGCCAGUUCAAGUACUUCCAGCCAAGAUCAGCAACAACCAAUAGACGAAGAAAAGCCAGGCAGUACUGCUUCAAAUCAAAUGACUGGAUUAAUCCAAAGAGAUCAAGUAAUUCUUUAUGGUAUAAAGAAAAGACUUGUAGCUUCUAAAAAAGUGGAAAGGAAGAUAUGCAAACUCUAUCAUAAAUAUAAAGCCUCUGGAUCCAAAAAACAGUUAGCGUUAGCAAUGGGAGAAGAAAUAUCUGGGUCAAAGCACAACCCAGGCAUUGAAAAGCGACUCAAAGAAGAUUGUGAAAAAGCAGAAGGAAAAGUAUUCACUAUCAGACAAGAAUUGGAAGUGUUUACGAAAAAGCAUGGUUUGAAAUUUGAAGAACCGGAAUCAGAUUCAGAUUCAGAUUGA